AUAAAAUGGUCAAGCUUGGCAAGGAAAUUAAAGGAAGAGUCAAGAAAGAGACUGAACAUAAGAGAGUUAUUGUUAAAAUCCUAAAUCAAGAGAAAACAAUGGAAGAACUUGAAAAAGAGCAAGCCAUUUUGAAGAUGAAGAGGGAGACCUUGAAGAAGAAGCAGGUUGAAGAAGAGAAGAUGGCCCACUUCAAUCGUAUGAAGAUUCUGACUCAUUGGAGAAGAAUUAUGAGAGUCGCUAAGACUGAGCAGCUGAAGAAAGACAUCCAAGUCUACCAGCAAAACCACGACAGAGAGGUUGAUGCCAAGGAUGCCAUCUUACAGAUGCUUGACAGAGACCUCGAGGAGGCAGAUGAGCAAUACCAAAUGGCUCUUAGGAAUCAUAAGAUAAGAAUCGAUCAACUUAUUGACAUCCAGAAUUCAAGACUCACUGGGCUCCAUGAAGAAUUUGAGAGGGAUCUCAACAUUCUUAAGUCAGAGUUCGAGCAAGAAAGAGGAGACAUCAACAAAGGCCAUGAAAUGGAAAAGAGAGAGCUUGAAGACAUGAUCUCGACUAUUGAAGAGGAAGAAAAUGCCAAACUAGCCAAACUUAAGAAAGACUUUGUUGAAUUGAGGCAAGAAACUAAGAAUGGAAAAGAUGAAGAGCUUGAAGGCAUGAAGCAUGAGCUUAUCAAGAAGAUUGAUCUCCUGGACCAAGACUUUGAAAUUCAGUUCAGUAAUUAUGUAUCAGAGACUGAUAAUAAAUCUAACGACUACACCGAAAAACUGAGAACUAAUGAUAAGGACUUUGAAGAACUAACUGAGAUUACAAGAGAGACUGCCAGACUUAAAGAGAUUAUUAUGAACUGGACUCUCAAGAAGCAACAGAAUAGUAAAGAAUGUAGUGACAGAAACAACAAGCUGAUGAAGGAAAAGGUCCAAAUUCUGAAACAUUACCAUGAGUUAAAGAGGAAGAUGACAUUAUUCAGAGAAGAUGAGUCAAGAAGACUUACAAAUCUUACCAAAAACUCCAAAGCAUGCAUGGAUACUCUUAAGGGGUAUCAGAAGUUGGCAGAAAGAAUUCUUACUACUGCUGAAUUAUGUAGGAAAUUAGAAACAGAAAGAGAGAAGGUUCUCCCGUUCUAUGAAAGUGACAGUGAUACACUUGAAGAAGAAGGAAAAGUCGGUUCUAUCGAAGGAGUCCAUAAGGAUGUCUACAACGAGUUCAAACAACUCGAUCAAUUCUACAAGAGAUAUAAUAAAGUGCUUCUGGAUAAGAUAGCUAUUGAGAAGCAGAAGGGAUCUCUUGAUAAAGAGAAUAUGUUCUUCAAAUCUCUUCUUAAACAGUACUUGGAUGGUGUUAGCGUCAACAAUGAUGUUAUGAAUGCAAGCAAUCCCUUACUGGUUGUCAACAACAAGGUUAAUCUGAACAGACCCCCUGUCCAGAAGUUGGAUGAAAACUCUUCAAACCCACGUGCUGUAGGAAAUAUAAUGGAGCUUAAUAUGGAGAUCACCAACAUCAACAAACAUACGGGUUAG